AUGCAGUCACGAACCGGCCGGCUGGUAGCCUUGGCUAUCGGCUCGUUUGUCUUUGUCUGUAUCUUGACUCUCACUUGUGGUGCCUCCGCCUAUCGUCGAACCAACCCAUACCACAACCAGCUUAACAACGCAAAACGCGCAUCUGAAGAACGAUCAUGGAUCGACACCAUCCAGCUCAGUCCCGCUCACCAGAACCCAGCCAAGGCACCUCACGUUGCUACUCCAGAGGACGUGGAGUUUGAUUCAUUGCUCGAGUCUAGUGCAAACUUGACUUCAAGGCAGCCACAUAGCCUCGAGCGCCGUGCCGACGGACCGUUGUAUUGCACAGAUGGUCCUUGUGUUGACGGAAGCUGCUGUGGGCCCAAGAACAUCUCCACCGACGUCUACUGCCACAAUGCCGAUCCUCUUCACGGAACACUGCCAUGCCAGGCUGGUUAUGGCUCUUGCGCAAUCACCGGCUCCCCAUCCUGUGCACAGGGCAGCGGAAGCUCCAAGGGAAGAACCAUCGGAUACUACCAGUCAUGGAAUGCUAGGACCCGACUCUGCAAUAGGGUCACGCCGAAACAGCUUGACACGAAAGGCUACACCCAUCUCUUCUUUUCGUUCGCGUUCAUUGACCCAGUCGCGUUCACCAUAGCCGCGGCGCACCCUGACGAUGUUCCGCUGAUGAAAGAGUUUACGGACCUCUCCAAAGAUGGAAAGCUGCAGACUUGGAUCGCCGUCGGAGGCUUUGACAUGAGCAACCCGGAAGCCGCAACGCACAAGACUUGGAGUGAAAUGGUAGCAUCCAAAGAGAACAGAGCUGCUUUCAUUGCUUCUGUCAAGACCUACAUGGAUACACAUGGGUUUCAAGGAGUCGACCUGGACUGGGAGUACCCGGGCGCACCUGAACGAGGCGGCAACAAGCUUGCUGAUACCAGGAAUCUCGCCCUUCUGGUCAAAGAGAUGCGAGCUGCGUACGGCACCGCCUAUGGCAUUAGUCUUACGUUAGCUCCCGACUACUGGUAUCUGAGGUGGUUUGAUGCAAAGGCUAUGGAGCCUCACGUCGACUUCUUUGGCUUCAUGGCAUAUGAUCUGCACGGCUCUUGGGAUGCCGAUGUCCUCGCUCUCGGCAAGAAGGUUCGAGGUCAAGCGGAUAUACAGGAGAUCUCCAAGAAUACCGUUCCUCUUUGGUUCGAUGGCUUGAAUCCCGCAAAGCUCAACUUCGGUCUUGCUAUGUACGGCCGUGGCUACACGCUUGCGGACCCCUCCUGCAGCGAUCUUCUUUGUCCGUUCUCGGGUCCAAGCAACCCAGCGCCAUGCACCAACUUCGAAGGCGUUAUGUCCCUGGUGGAGAUUGAGCAGCUGAUCAAGAGGCGCAACAUCAAGCCAAAGUAUCUUGCAGACUCGAUGAUGAAGCAGAUUACCUGGGACGAUCAAUGGAUUGGAUACGAUGACGAAGAGACAUUUGCAGCAAAGAGGGCCUUUGCUGAUGGCCUUUGCUUCGGUGGCACCAUGGUUUGGCCAGAUGAUGAUCCAGAAGUUGUUUUCCUGGCUCCCGAAGUGUAUUCCGGCACUCCCGCUCAAUGCACUGGACCUUGUCAGCUGGUGUUGCCCCCGAGGGCACUUCCGUCCACCACCACCAUCACAAUCCCAUCCUACACGACAUCUGUCGUGAUCGCGCCAGAUCUUACGACGACCCUUACGAUUCAGAUUCCGCCCAUCGUAACCCAGUCGAUGGACUACUAUAAUGUUAACGUCACCUCUGGUCAAAUUGACUCCAGCACGAUCGUACCUUUGCCCAGCAUCAGCAUCCCGCCUAUUGUCACGACCUUCACUCUUCCAGGAGGUCUGACUCAGGUCAGGACUCUCGUGAUCCCUCCUUGGCCCUCUGUCACGGAAGGUCCUCCCGCUCAAUGGACUUCAAAGGAUCAAAGCCAAGGGCAAUCAGGUUUCCCCAUCAUCACUGUCCCACCAGCAGGACCGCCCACAAUAACCGAGCUCCCUUCUACCAGCAAAACACCGUUCACAUGGGACAUAGAUGAUGAUCCUGAGCCCACAGGUACAUGGCCCGAAGUAAUUUCGGUCGUGCCAGUCGAGACCGACGUGCCCGACAGCGGUGAAGAUGACGAUGGAGAAGGCCCCAAGCACAAGAGCACCUGUAAAGUUUGGUUUUUCUGGAUAUGCGUUAAGUGGGAUGACCUCGACAUACACAUCGGUGGCUUGGAAUGGAUCAUUCCGCCCGGCAUCUGGGGACCAGGGCCCCCGCCUCCAUUGAGGUUCCCACCCAACAUCAACAUCAUCGGCCCGCUUCCCCCUUGGCCUAAGAUCACUGUCCAUCCUGGUGGGAGUAUCGAGGUUCCGCCAAAGCCCGCCUCUUGCACGCCCGCGGAAGCUUCGCUCUGCAUUACAACCAGCUCCUUCGCUACCUCAGUGUCCGCGGGCACAACGAAGACUACAGCUACACAGGUCAAAUCUCGAUGUGCUACGAUUACGGGCUGCAAUCUCCAAGAUGUUGAAGCUACGAAGACAGCGAAUGCCUGCAAGCUUACGCGCCGAGCUAUGCAGCUUCCGGAUCUUCCAGAAGCGACCCACGCACCGGAGAAACGACUCCUUGUGAAGCGUUCCGAGCCGAGUUGGUGCAACGAGCAAGACGGCAGUGAUGGUAUCCUUCUUUUGAGCAUGCCUUUUUCGGCCACAGCUCGAGCAAUUGUCGAAGGUGUCCUCGAGCGACGCAAUACAGCUCUCAAGAAAAGAGACAUGAAGAAUGGCUUUGAGAUGAUUCAAGCGAAGCAUAUGGGCUUUACCGCGUUUAUCCAUGUUACUAACCUUGGCCCUCUUGCCUUUGACUACUUCAAUUCUGACGAAAUUGACGAGGUUGGUCGUGCUUAUAGAAUGCCAUCUACGACCUCGUCAACGGGCAAGCGAGAUGGGCUUGAAGGCUUGGAAGAUGGAAGCUUUGCAGCAAUCCAAGAGCCAAGACCUUCGAGUCACAACAUCACACUAGCACCUCCCCAGUUCGCGCCGGGUACCUCCAAAACAAAGAGGUUCGAAGGCAACGACCAUUACUGGCAUCUGUCACAGAUUUCCUGGCCGCCCAACAAAUAUUGGUUCCAAAAGAAUGGCGAACACGAUCCGAACGAUGGCAAAUAUACGUACCAAUUCAGCUCACCCGAAGGUGAGGGUCAAACGAUCUACAUCGUCGAAGGCGGCUGGAGGGGACAUGUUGCAGCAGACUUCGACAAGCAAGCAAAAGCUCUCACCGGGGGCAGCUGGCGCCCAGCACGUCAGCCCAGCACGUUCGAGACCGAGCAUGGACAUCUGGUGGCAAACUAUGCCGUUGGCUCCAAAGUUGGCAUCGCGAGAAAUGCUGACCUCGUGUUUGUGCCACGCGGACCUCCAGGAUUACGCGCAGAGGGCUUCUUGGAAGCACUUACGCUUAUUUUUAAUGACUUCACGGAUGAGGACAUAGAAGAAGACAAGCGGAACCCGAAACCUAGGAACUCAGGUGUGGUGAAUGUGUCCGGUGGUUUUGCGAAGAACAGGAAUGAUCCUCUCACACAGCUUAUUUAUAUGCUGAUGAAGAGAAUGGAACAAAGCUACGGAAUCACCUUCGUCGUUGCCGCUGGAAACCAAGGCGAAGAUGACCCUACAACUGUCCCAGGAAUCCUAGUCCGAGAUCUCGACGGGGCCUUUCUUGUUGGCUACCUCAAUAAUGCAGGCUGGUGGGUCAACAGCAAUGCGGGCGACACAUGGGCCCCAGGCGAAGAGCUACUCGUUCCUCCAAACGAGGUAUUUGUGUCACCGCAGUUCUCAGCAGGCACGGCUACUGGAUCAUCAUUUGCCGCUCCGCUGGUUGCAGGUCUUGUUGCCUACGUGAGAGGAAUGCAUUACGGAUUCGGGGAGGAUCCCGCAUCCAUCAAAUCCAUCAUGCAACAAGUGUCACGACCUCUCCCUCUCACGGAAGAUGAAGCAGACUUUGAACAGAAAGAGAAAAUGGUCUGGAACCUUGCCGAUCCAUUCGAACAAUGUGGAAGCUCUCAAAAGAGAGGGCUGGACAGCCGACAGGCAGCCUGCCCGAUUCCCAACUUGCCUGGGGGUGGAAACAACCCUGCGCCCCAAGGUCCUGGUGUCACGUACAAGCCGGGUCCGCCGGCGCCUCUCUGCACAGCAAACUGCGGCCAUCUCUGCUCUGGAUAUUACUGCAGCCCAAACCCAACUAAUACGCCACCGGACUUUGCUCCACCGUGGGAAACCUCGCGCCCGACCAACACCAGGCCAGCUGAGAGUGGAGGAUUUGGAGGUGGGUUGACCAACUUGCCAACAUUGACACCGGCACCGACAGCAGCUCCUCCUGGGCAAGUAUGUCUCUCGUCAACAACUGCCACGCUGUGCAACGGAGGACCACGAGGCGGCGUCUGCGUGACUUCGACGUCCUGCGCCAGCUUUGGUACGACUACGUCUAGCAUAUUCCAUCUACCCGAUCUCCCAACACUCGGCCCAGCCCCGAGCCCAUCAGGUGGUACGUGUAUCAAGAGUGAGACUUGGACGAUCACCGGCGGUCCCCACGGUGAAGCCACCAUCACAACUGCUGGAUGUGCGACGUGGCAGGUUCCAGGUCCAACACCUGCCCCAGCGCCGCCAGCUCCCGCACCGAAACCACGUUGCAUGGCUGCUCACGUUUACAUGAGCAACUGCGCAUUCCAGCCAGACAGCGUCAACGUCCAGAUUUGGGAGAACGGCGUGGAAGUCUGCCGGACGGGCGGCGGGAAACACUGGGCAAGCGACCAGACCGUCUUCGAGCUCGAGUGCGACAACGGCGCCAAGGCCGUUGUGAAGAACAACGCGAGAUCCUUUGAGUAUACUGCAGCAGACGGCUGGAAGCCCGAAAUAUUCAGUGUCGACUACAGCUACGAGUCCACAGUAUGCUAUCAACUUGACAAUAAGACAAUCAAGGGCUCGGACAUGGAGAGUACUUGGGGCGGUGGUAAUUGCGGCCUAUGCAAGGCGCCCUCGAUGUGUGGGCUUUACACCUGCAAGAAAAACGACGUCAGCUGUAGCUCCUAA